AUGAGGAUGAUGGUGAAGAGCAGCAGCACCCCCUGGGGGCAGACAGGUGGACCUGCACUGGCUCAGCAUGAAACUUUGAUCAGAAUCGGGAUCGAACCUGCUGCCGUGACGUCACCAUUGGCUGUUCAGGCUCUGGUUCUGUACGACUUCACUGCUGAGCCAGGAAACACCGAGCUGUCGGUCAGAGAGGGGGAGACCAUCACUGUCAUCGACCAGGCUGUGGGUGGAGGCUGGAUCCAGGCCCAGAACUCCAGCGGACAAAUCGGACUCGUACCUGAGGGAUAUUUACAGAUCGGUAAUGGUGGUGGUGUUGGAGGAGGCGGGGCUUUUGUUGGUAACACACAGGGAUGGGAUGGUCGAGGACAUCAAUCCACGCAGCAAGCUGCCCAGGACGACGAUGGAGAGUGGGACGACGAAUGGGAUGACCAGUCAGUGAGCAGUUACCAUGACAACAAUCAAGUGGAAGUGGAGGGCGGAGCAUCAGGACGAAGUGCCCAUGGGCCCAGUGUUAAGAUCUCCCUCAAUAAGUUUCCGUUCUCCAAGGGUCCGAAUCCAGAAGUCUUCCUGUUGGCCAGACCACCAGCUGACAACAGAGACAGACUUCCUGUCUAUAUGGGAGAGGUGGGUCCAGUCUGGCUGUACCCGACGUCUCCUUUGGACUGUGUGAUUGCCGAUCCAAAGAAAGAGUCCAAACUGUAUGGACUUAAGAGCUUCAUCGAGUACCAGAUCACGCCCAACGUGAACGACCAACAACCUGUCAAUCAUCGAUACAAGCACUUUGAUUGGCUGUAUGAGCGUCUGCUGGAGAAGUUUGGGUCCAUACUGCCCAUCCCCUCUCUGCCUGACAAACAGGUGGCAGGCAGGUUUGAUGAUGACUUCAUCAGGAUGAGGAUGGAGCGUUUGCAGGCCUGGAUGGCUCGGAUGUGUCGGCACCCCGUCGUCUCUCAGAGCGAAGUCUUUCAGCUCUUCCUCACCCACAGAGACGAGAAGGAGUGGAAGGCGGGGAAGAGGAAGGCAGAGAAAGACGAGAUUGUGGGUCCGGUGAUGUUCAGUUUGGUUGAACCUGAAGCUGCAGAGCUCGAUGCCGUCCAGGUGGAACAGAAGUGUGAACACUACAGUCGGUUUACAAAGUCGAUGGAUGACGGCGUCAGGGAGCUGCUGAACGUCGGACACACGCACUGGAAACGCUGCACCGGACCCCUUCCUAAAGAGUACGAGCGCAUCGGUCGAGCCUUCAGAAACCUGUCGGCUGUUUUCAUCACCAGCAAAUAUCCAGGUGAGGCGACGUUGACGGACGCUCUGACAGCUGCGGGAAAAACCUACGAGGAGAUCGCUGAGAUCGUCGCCCAGCAGCCUCAGAAGGACCUUCACUUCCUGUUGGAGACUAACAGCGAGUACAAAGGGCUGCUGGGAUGUUUCCCAGACAUCAUCGCUGUACACAGGGCUGCUGUGGAUAAAGUAAAGGAAGGUGAUCGUCUGGUUUCUGCAGGAAAAAUCAGCAGCAGCGACAGGAAGUGCAUGAACCAGCGCCUCAGCUGCAUGAGCUACUCACUGCAGGCUGAGAUGAACCAUUUCCAUAGCAACCGUAUCUACGACUACAACCGGGUGAUGCAGCUUUACCUGCAGCAGCAGGUCACCUUCUACCAGCAGAUCGCUGAUAAGCUGAGAGAAGCUCUGAGCCACUUCGCCACGCUGUGAGGACAACGGCGCCACCAUGUGAUGUCACAGAUGACCUCACAGCCUGUUACCAAAAUAAAAGCCUCUGAAUCUUUAAUGAAAGUAGUAAAAAUAUCAGUGUGGAUUAUUAAGAUGAUUAAUGAUGAGUUUCCUUCUUUUUUCUGCUUCUUUACAAACUUUUGACUGUUAACAGCUGAUUUUCCACAUGAAAUAAACCUUUGUACCCCUCA